CCACCCCGUGUCUGCUGCAGAUGCCAAGAUUGUCCCGGUUGCUCCCAUGUCUGAUCGUAGCGGCCAGCGGCAAUGCCGCCGAGGCGUCUCGGGCGACGUCGAGCUCGACGCGGCCAUGGCACUGGCCAACAUGGCCGGCGUUUCGGGGCCAGCAGCUCUUCCCGCCGCGCACCCGGCGGCGCCGCAGCAUGGCGCCAGCCGCGAGGAGGAGGAGGAGCUGGCGAGCACGAGGCUGAGCCUGGAGCUGGGCAAGGUCGGCAUCCAGGCGUCGUCGUGCUCCAGCAGCUCCAGCGCCGGGUGUCCCUCGCAGCAGGCGCGGGUGGCCGCGGCGGCUCCAGGUGGAGGCGGCUACGGCCCAAGGCCCCGGCAUACGCUCACCGAGGCUGAGAAGGAGGCAAAGCGGCUGCGGCGCGUGCUCGCGAACCGGGAGUCUGCGCGCCAAACCAUACUCCGCCGUCAGGCGAUCCGAGACGAACUGGCGAGGAAAGUUGCGGACUUGUCGUCACAAAACGAGAGCAUGAAGAAGGAGAAGGAGACGGUGAUGCAAGAGUAUCUCACACUCCAGGAGACGAACAAGCAGCUGAAAGAACAGGCACGACAUCAUCUGCCGCUUCCAUUAUUUUAG